AUGAACGACCCGCUAGAACUCAUCCACCCACGCCGCAUCCACCCACGCUACAAUCGCCCCCUCGACGGUGUCGUCCUCGAGACAUCCGACGGGGUCGUCUUUCGCUACUCGUUGGCCAGUCUGGCGGAGCUCUCACCCUUCUUUCAAGCCCUCAACGAACUCCCCCAACCUCUCCUCACACUCAACGCCGACGGCACCAGCAACCACCCCGCUCCCAACGUUAUCCCGCUCCCCUCGAUCUCCUCCGGACCCUUGGCUUUCACACUCGAUGCGGCCCGCAACCUCACCAGUGGCGGCCAGGUCCCCUUGAUCAUGCCUCACAUGGUGUGGUAUCCUUGGUUCCUAGAACAACUCGUCGAGCUGGCUCUGAGCUUUGAGCUCAGGCAUGGCCUGUACUGCCUGUGGCAAAAACUCUGCAUUCAGCAAGGCGCGGGCCGUAAUCCAGCAUUGGGAUACACUAUUGCUUGCCUGCUCUUUGGACACGACCACGAAUGGGGAAUGGCCUACUGGACGAACGAGCUCGAAAAAUCGCUCCCCAUCAGCGAAUGGUGUACAACUAUCCUUUCGAUUCACCAACCACGCGCUCUCGAUGCCCUCCACGAAUUUACGAUUUUAAAGGCCCAAGCAUUGCAAGCGAAGUUGACGGCGUACAAGCGGCUGCAGGAAGAGAAGGAAGAGAAGGCGCGUGACGCUGCCAAACAAGCACAGUGGUGGACGGACGUCUACACCGAUGCCCUCAUGGAGGCUGAGUGGGCCGAGGCUCAGAGGGCCAUUACCUGA